GGAAUCUUUUUGUUGUAUAACAAAUGAUGAAUGCUUGGUACGAUGCCGCGUAUUCCUUCUGGAGUACCCUUUAAGCGGAUACCUCACGUUAGCGUAUCGGAACUCUUAGAGCCUGAGGAUAUAAUCAUUGUUGAUGGAUAUGAUUCAAAUGAACGUUCAAAAGGCAAACAAAGACACAAUGAUGCUGUUGACUGUCCAUCAAACAAAUACCGUCGUACUACCGGCGGGUCUACAUCUCUUCCUGCAGGUAAAUCUACGCGCCCUGAGUUAAAUCAGCCAUCAAUUUUAAGUAGCAAGCUCAAGGACGCGUUACCUGUAUCAGAUGUUGACUUAUUUGAAUAUAGAGAUAAAUAUCGGCGUAUGAUGUCUCGCCUUGAUACUCUACGUGAGACUGUUAUGGACGCAAACAUCAGCAAGAUUCAAUCUGAACUUGGUAUUUCAUCAUAUGACGAUGCAAAGGUUUUAUAUAUGUUACGUACGGAUUCCAAAUUACUCUCAUAUUUGUCACAACCAAUUCGUACGCCUACUAUAACCGAGGUUAUAUCUUCUGCAACGACGUUAAAUGUAGAUCGACUAUUGUCAAGCCAACAUCGCGACAGGCGUGCUUCUAACAAACGCCUUGAUAUUGCCGUCGAUGAGACAACACAUCCGUGGUCUGAAAAGAAUUUGUACCGUUUUUUCGCUCAAAAGGUCAAUUUGGAAAGUUACAAAUUGGCUGUUGGGGAACGCCGUUACAUUUAUGAGAAUAGCAAACGGGAUGAGGAACUUUCACGCUUAUUGACCUUGAGUGGUCCUCAAAACAGCUCAUCGCCAGCGUUAUAUCAUCAACAUGCGACACAGAACUUCUUCGACAAACAUAAUGUGUCUGCCAGUACACUUGUUGCUGAUGACGAAUUAGUCAUCACUGUCAGUCUAUAUCAUGGCGUUCGUGGUCACAAAAUACGUGAAUUUGACAUGUUAUCAUCUCAGACUCUUGCUGAACUACGAGAUGCAUUUCGGUGUGCUUCUGAAAUACGUCCACUGAACGUUGAUUUGAAGGCUAAUGGGUCAUGUUUCAUGUUGAAUGGACAGCUAUUUCCAGAUUUACGGAAUGAUGCUUGUGAUUAUUCGGAGCCAUUGUUACACUUCCUUUAUAAUUACAAGCCUGGUAUACUGCGUACUAGUGAAUGUAUAGAGCAAACGGAUGCUGUGUUAUCUCAUUUGGAGUUACCAAUAUAUAUGCCUGGUUUCCUACUACACCACGGGGACUGCGAGCAUCGGUUAAUGAUUACGGCUAUUCGAAUAUUUGACAGGACUCGCGAUUGCCCUUAUGAGGAGUGUUACCCCUUGAAAGUAUUUAUGCCAAGGCAACGAGCGAAGCAAUGUAACGUAUGCGAGUAUAAUGAGCCUAGCACUACCGUAUUUAACAGUCUGGUCCUUCCUCAUAUACCAAGUCACCUUUGUAACUAUUGUUAUACAAGGUUAAAGCUGCUAGAAUCGUCCGGUGGAGUGUACCGUUCUGACGGACUCGCCUCAAGCGUUGCAAUUGAAUAUUGCGGCGAAUGACCUCAAUCUUUAAUGUCAGUUA